AUGGCAAAUCUGAGCCACCCUUUGGAAGUUGUCCCCUGGGGCUUCUCCCCCUUUGGCGAGCUGCAGGUCUGGAUGUACGGGCCCUUCCUCAUGCUCCGUCUUCUUGCCUUCACGGGAAACACCAUCAUCAUAGUCACGGUCAUGGCUGACACUCACCUGCACACACCCAUGUACUUCUUCCUGGGCAACUUUGCCCUGCUGGAGAUCUUGGUGAACAUGACUGCAGUACCCAAGAUCCUCCCAGACCCUUCCUUCACUGGCUGCAUGGCAUUCUACUUGUGCUUUUCCUUGGGUUCCGCCUCCUUCCUUGUCCUGUCAGACAUGGCGCUUGACCACUUUGUGGCCAUCUGCCACCCACUGUACUGUGGCACUUUGAUGAGCUGGGCUGUGUGUGCCUGGUUGGCAGGGGCUGCCUAGGCAGCUCACUUCCUAGCCAUGGUGCCCACUGUCCUCUCCCAGGCUCAUCUCAAUUUUCUCCAUGGCAAUGUCAUCAACCACUUCUUCUGUGACAAUGCACCUCUGCUGCAGCUAUCCUGCUCAGACACUAGCCUGCUAGAAUUUGGGGACUUCAUGAUGUCCUUGGCUUUAGUCCUCAGCUCCUUUCUAGUGACCCUCAUCUCCUAUGGCUACAGUAUGACCACUGUGCUGAGGAUCCCCUCUGUCAGUGGCCAUCAGGCUUUCUCCACAUGUGGGUCUCACCUUACCCUGGUCUUCAUUGGCUGUAACACCACCAUCUUCCUGUACGUCAGGCCUGGCAAAGCACACUCUGUGGAGGUCAGCAAGACCAUAGCUUUGGUGAUGUCAGUCCUCACACCCUUUCUCAAUCCCUUUAUCCUUACCCUCUGCAAUGAGACAGUCAAGGCAGUGCUACGGCGGCAGCUGCAGAGGCUGAAAGGCCUUCACAAGGCACUAUGA